AUGACAAGCCAAAAACCUCCUGCGGUAAGUAUUUCUAUCAGAUUUAUUGGUGGCGCUUUGCUAAUGAGUAUGAUAGAUGCCUGCCAAGUUAGUCAUUGAUUCAGAAGGUGAUUUGAUUGUUCGACUCAUCGGACAGGAAAUCUAGACACAUCCUGUCACCGGCGAGGAGUUUACCAUAGAAGCUACCCUUGCUCAUUACAAGGUCUCAAGAAAGGUUCUCACCGAGAGCUCUAAAGUAUGGGAUGCCUCACUCCGAGAGCAUUUUCGAGUAAGCAAGUCAUCAGUCGUACCGGUCUAUUUUGGUACAGUGAAAAGUCUGGAACUUUGGUUUCGCAUUGUCCAUGAUACCAUGGUGGAUGAGUUGUAUGACCUCAAUACUGAGGAGGUAUAUGAGGCCAUCGAAGUCUGUGGAAACCGUGAAUGGGAUAUUUCCAAGCUGAGAAGUUCACGAUGGGCGAGGGAAUAGAUGAACCGUCAGGACUAUAAGACAUUAAAGCUUGAUGGAAUGACCGAACUCAUAUUAUCUUGCUAGGGAGUUUGACUUUCCAAGAGAGUUCAUGUACAUGACUAAAAAAUUGGUGUAUGGAACGGCAGAUCAUAUCAAGGAUAAGAAUCCGACCAAGCAUCAGCAUCUUCAUCUUGAGCAUACCAUCAUCAGUAAGUUGAUUCAUUGUUAUUUUCCAAAUCACUAUCUAACGCAAAACACAGGUGCACUCAAUGGCGCCAAGGGCAAUCCCCGCUGCAAAAUUCUCAAAGGACUCUUCACACCAGUCGGUUGUUUCCUGGAGCAAAGAUGCAAAUGCAAGAAAGCAUCCCUAUUCGAAUACUGCAUCGGACUCUCUAAGACGGUCAUCUGGCCCCUAGAAAGCUACAUGAAGAAGUCAGGGCAGACGAUUCUCGACACCUUUGACGAUUUCGAAUGCGAUAUCCCCAAAGAUGCAUGCAGCAUAUGCACGUUCCGUCUGCGGGAUUCCACCAUUGAGCGAACCGGCGAGCAGGUCCAGGAUCAUUUUGAUGGCCUCUAUCUUGACUGUAUGAAUACUUCGAAGCCGAAGGAUGGGAAGGAUGUCGAUAGGGCUUUUUGGGAUCAUGGUGCGUUCGGGAAGUAUAGCAAUGGGUGUAGAGUGCAACAUGAUCAGCCGACUUGGUAUUGGUCGUUUAUGGGUCGGAGAACACAGAUGGUGGCGCAUCAGGCGGCAAGACAGAGAUAG